GAUACAUAUAAUAUUGUUCAUUUCUCGCAUUAAGGCUAAAUGCUUUAUAAUUUCAAGCUCUGAGGUUUCGGUUUAUGCUUUCGGUUGUGGAUUUUGGACACAGUCUCUCUCUGGAAAUCACUUUCUCUGUGUGGAUCCAUCUAGGUUUUGCUCUCGUCGAUCGGAUUCGUUUUUUGCAGAAUCACACUCUUACACGCACCUCGACUAAUCUCACGGGGCCCUGAAGUUAACGACCGAGUAAAUCUUCGAAUGGCCCUAAGGGUACUCAAACCGGUCAUUCUAUGAUAUGUAUGGCUUUGAAUUCAAUCAAGACUGAGGUGUUUGUGCCCACCAGAAAGGAGACUAAUAACUGGUCCUUUUGGAAAUCAUUGAACUAGGCACCAAAGAGUUUUCAGAAAUUCUCUUCCAAAGACACAUGAGGGACUUGUUACGUUGAUCAGCAAGCUGCAAAAUAUUAUCCAUCCAAUAAUCUUUUAUGUUUGCAAAUGCUUUUAAGUGUAAUUUUAGUGGGCACUUGCUCUUUAUUGCUUAUGCUUGAUUAUGGGAUUGUAUUGAAGGACCCUUAUAUGGGCUCCCAUAUCUGUUGAGUUGGAAGCUUUCUGUGAAUGGACUGUCUUUGUUUUGGUGCAUGUAGAAUGUGAAAAGAUACAGUUUGAAUAUGGAUUACUACAGAGAGGCUGAUGUGCUGCUUGCAUGGAACAAUAUGAGUCCAUCCGAAAUGGCAGAAUCUCGUCUCUUCAUCUUCUCUAGCUUGAUUGCUGCCUUGGUUGGAAUCCUUACUAUUGCCUAUACUGCUUUCCAAUGGAGAAGGAACAUUAAUCUGAGUUGGAUGAAAGCCAUAGCCAGGUCAAAGAAAAACCCAAAGACGAGGGACAAGGUUCCUGUUGCUCCUCACACUUGGAUCUUAGAAUCUGUUUCUCGGGGGAAAAGUUUAAACUGCUGUGUAUGCUUAAAAUCCAUGUCCCCUUCUCAAACUCUUGGGCCUAUGGUGGCUUCAGACAGUUUUAUUCAUCGCUGUAGCAUUUGUGGUGCAGCAGCUCACCUAAGCUGCUCUUCACAGGCACAGAAGGAUUGUAAGUGUGUAUCUAUGAAGGGAUAUGAGCAUGUGAUUCACCAAUGGGCUGUUCAAUGGACAGAGAUCACAGAUCAACUUGACGAAACUUCUUUCUGUAGCUAUUGUGAAGAGCCAUGUAGUGGGUCUUUUCUUGGGGGAUCCCCUAUAUGGUGUUGCAUGUGGUGUCAACGGCUUGUACAUGUUGACUGCCAUGGUAGCAUGUCUAUUGAAACAGGUGAUAUAUGUGAUUUGGGUUCAUUUAGAAGGUUGAUUCUAUCACCACUUUUUGUUAAGGAAGUGAACCGAACUUCCUCAGGGGGAUUUUUGAGCUCAAUCACACAUGGAGCCAAUGAGAUUGCAUCUUCAGUGCGUGCGAGUAUUAGGAAUCAGGGAAAGAAGUACAAGCAAGGAAAUGAACCCUCUGUUGACACAACUAAUAGCUGUGAUAAUGGCGACAUAUCCACUGAAAGCACAGCAGAAACCCAUCAAACAGUUAAUGGUUCUCAUGCAAUGGAUGAAGGCUGUAAUGGCAGCACAAAUAUUGAGAGUCCACGUCAAGAUAGUGAUGUAGGUAAAAAAUUGGAUUCAGGGUCUAGUUUCAAAAGAAGUGCCUCGAUCAAUCAGAAGGAUGAGUCUCAGGUGUUACAGAUGAAACAGAGGUAUGAAUUGAGUGAUUUGCCUUCGGAUGCAAGACCUUUAUUAGUCUUCAUUAACAAGAAGAGUGGAUCUCAGCGUGGUAGUUCACUCAGGCAACGUUUGAAUAUCCUUUUGAAUCCUGUUCAGGUUUUUGAGUUGAGCUCAGCACAGGGGCCAGAGGUGGGCCUUUACUUGUUCAAAAAGGUGCCCCACUUCAGAGUUCUUGUAUGUGGGGGAGAUGGUACUGUUGGUUGGGUUCUAAAUGCCAUAGACAAACAGAAUUUUGUUUCUCCUCCUCCAGUUGCAAUCCUUCCUGCAGGAACAGGAAAUGAUAUGGCCCGAGUUCUGAAUUGGGGAGGUGGUUUGGGCUCAGUGGAGAGGCAAGGAGGCCUUUGCACUGUGUUGCAUCACAUAGAGCAUGCUGCAGUGACUAUGCUUGACCGAUGGAAAAUAACAAUUUUACAACAGGGAAAGCAACUCCAAGCACCAAAAUUUAUGAACAAUUAUCUUGGAAUUGGUUGUGAUGCGAAGGUUGCUUUGGACAUCCAUAAUCUACGGGAGGAGAACCCAGAGAAAUUCUAUAACCAGUUUAUGAAUAAAGUUCUUUACGCAAGAGAAGGUGCCAAGAAUAUAAUGGACAGGACAUUUGCAGAUUUUCCUUGGCAAGUUCGAGUGGAGGUGGAUGGCGUUGAGGUAGAGGUCCCUGAGGAUGCAGAAGGUGUUCUUGUUGCUAAUAUUGGAAGUUACAUGGGUGGCGUAGACUUGUGGCAAAAUGAGGAUGAAAAUUAUGAUAAUUUUGAUCCACAAUCUAUGCAUGAUAAGAUGCUGGAGGUUGUAAGCAUAUCAGGAACAUGGCAUCUUGGAAAACUUCAGGUGGGCCUUUCUCGAGCUCGAAGACUUGCCCAAGGGCAGUCAAUUAAGAUACAUCUCUUUGCUCCAUUCCCUAUUCAAAUAGAUGGAGAACCUUGGUUUCAGGAGCAACUAUGCACGUUGACAAUAUCCCACCAUGGCCAGGCAUUCAUGUUGAAGAGAGUGUCUGAGGAACCUCUCGGUCAUGCAGCCGCCAUAAUCACGGAUGUGCUAGAGAAUGCUGAAACCAACCAUAUAAUUAGUGCCUCACAGAAGCGAACUCUUCUUCAAGAAAUGGCAUUGAAGCUGUCGUGAACCAUCAGAUUUUGGUUGAAGUAGGUGGUCCCUUGAAAAAAAAAAAUGCGUUUAUAUAUAUGUUACAACUCACAUCUCUGUUUCAAAAUGUCAUUCCUUCUGGUUUUAAAACCCUUAAUGCUUCUAGCUGAAGCAUGUUUGUAUAUGAAGUCCCUGAAAUUAAUAGAAUGAAGAAAUUUUGAUUUUGAUUUUUUUUU